AUGGGUGUCUCGAUUAACAAGGUGUGGACUGUUGAGAUGAAGGACCCCAAUCAACUCGCUCAGUACUGCACCUUCAAGAGCAGCAGGGAGCUCAGCUCUUAUGUUGAUGUCAUUGUUCCAGACAUCGUUUACCAGGCUGCCUUUGUUGCGCAGAACUACUUCUUGGUGCCUCAAUCCUACUUCAACGGAAACGACGGCGGAAAUUCCUCGCAGGUUUAG